GUUCACCCUCCCUUUCAUGUUAAGAGACCCUUUAAUUUUGUGAUUUUUUUUUUCAUCGUGACCAGGCAUUGUUCUGUUCAUACCGUAUAAAACCCUAAUUGACGCUGAAGUACCAAUUCGAUUUGAGAAUUAUAUUGAGACGAUCAUGAGAGCAAUGGAUUUGUUCGGAGAGAUGGAGGAUCAGAUAACGUCUAUGGCGAUGGACGUUGACGACGUCGAACAAUUCGAGAUGUUAGCCGAUGGCGUUAUCGUCACUGAUCACAAACUCACCGAUUCUGAUUUCUUCAACUCCUUCCAAGACGAUUUCGAUGAUGCGGAUAUAAAUUAGCAUAUUUUCUUCUUAUUCAUAAUUAGGUCAUUGUAAUUUCGUGUGUUCAUCUUCACGAUGGAGAAUACAAAUAUCAUGUACUUUUUUUCUUGGAUUUUUGUGUUAAUAUGAUGUGAUAUUUGAUGGUGACUCUUUUGUGAUUAAUCUCAAUUUCUUGUUAUGAGUUUUGUGAUUUAUCCUGUCUAGUUUUUUUGUGUGUGUAUUGAUUUGAUUUUGGUGCUAUUUUGGUUUCAUCUGUUUUACUAGGUUUUAUAUGAGAAAGCCUUUUUUCGAUUUA